AUCAUGGAGUUGUGGACAAGGAGAGAGGAGAAAAAAGUUUCCGUAAGAAUACAGGAAGAUUUUUGCUUCUUCCGUCCACUUGACGGAUUUUGAAAACAUGUUUUAUAUUUGGUGGGCUUAAGAUAGUGAAUCACUGAUCCUAUUUUUCUUCUUCUUCUUCUUCUUUUUCUUUCACGAAUGCUCCGGAAAAUUGCUCGUGUUUGCGAUCGUUUUCCUCUCUGAGCUGAGAAAGUUAUUUCAUCGUAAAACUCGAUAUAUUUGUGUUCGUCGAGUGAAGCUGAAAAACUGAUAGCCCAACAUCGGCAUUGGGCGAACUUUAAUUUAGAUCAGAUUAUUUGGGGUCUGUAAUUUCGUUGCAGAUGGGUGCAUCUGAAGCAGCUCUGCAAAUCUUUUCAGGAGUCAUACCUCGUGCAGUAUGUUCAAAUCCGCAUUCGAGCAAUUUCGACUCCACAUUUUCGUUUAAAUCGCAAGUGAAAUUUGUGAAGAAAAGGAUCCUGAGAAAUAGGCAUUCGUCAAAAUGUUCAAGUAGGCUAUUACGAGGGAUAGAGACAGGCUUUGGUGUGAAAACGAGAUGUAAUCGUCGUCUGUUAUAUAGUUGUAGAUGCCAACAAGCAGAAAGUGCAGGUGGUACGACUCCAGAAGGUGGAAAUGGAUCGUGGUUCGUGGACAGUACAGAGACGCUGCAUCCAAUCAACAGCAUACCAAAUGGAUCAAGUGCUUUGGAGUUUCAAGAUGCUCAAUUUGCAAAACAGGAAACCAAGAGUUCAAUUUCUAGUGGCACAAAUGGAGCAGUUGGAGAUUCCUUUCAUAAGAUUAGUAUUGAGUCCAUCGAGGAUGAGGCGUGGGACUUGCUUCGGGAGUCCAUUGUUUAUUACUGUGGCAGUCCGAUUGGAACGAUUGCUGCAAGGGACCCGACUAGCUCUAAUUUACUGAAUUAUGAUCAAGUCUUUAUACGUGAUUUCAUACCUUCUGGUAUAGCUUUUUUAUUGAAGGGAGAGUACGAUAUCGUUCGAAAUUUUAUCCUCCACACGCUUCAGUUGCAGAGUUGGGAGAAAACUAUGGAUUGUCACAGUCCUGGUCAAGGAUUGAUGCCUGCUAGUUUCAAGGUCCGAACCGUUCCUCUAGAUGGUGAUGACUCAGCAACAGAAGAGGUUUUGGAUCCCGACUUUGGGGAGGCAGCAAUUGGCCGUGUUGCACCUGUCGAUUCAGGAUUGUGGUGGAUAAUUUUAUUGCGCGCAUAUGGAAAAUGCUCGGGCGAUUCCUCAGUUCAAGAGAGAAUUGAUGUCCAAACUGGGAUCAAAAUGAUCUUGAAGCUGUGUCUUGCCGAUGGCUUUGAUAUGUUCCCUACUCUAUUGGUAACUGAUGGUCCUUGUAUGAUAGAUCGCCGUAUGGGAAUUCAUGGCCACCCUCUUGAAAUCCAAGCACUUUUUUAUUCAGCAUUACUUUGUGCACGAGAGAUGCUUACUCCUGAGGACGGAUCAGCCGAUCUUAUCCGUGCGCUGAACAAUCGUUUGGUGGCUCUUUCGUUUCAUAUCAGAGAGUAUUAUUGGGUUGAUUUGAGAAAACUAAAUGAAAUUUAUCGUUACAAGACAGAAGAGUAUUCAUACGAUGCAGUCAACAAAUUCAACAUCUACCCAGAUCAAAUUCCUUCGUGGUUGGUGGAAUGGAUGCCUGAUAAAGGAGGUUAUCUAAUUGGAAAUUUGCAACCAGCUCACAUGGAUUUCCGAUUCUUUUCUCUGGGAAAUUUGUGGUCCGUAGUAAGUAGUCUUACUACAACAAGCCAGUCUCACGCCAUUUUGGAUCUCAUUGAAUCCAAAUGGGGGGAUUUAGUUGCAGACAUGCCAUUCAAGAUAUGUUACCCUGCUCUUGAAGGUCAGGAAUGGCAGAUUAUCACUGGCAGCGAUCCCAAGAACACACCGUGGUCGUACCACAAUGCAGGUUCGUGGCCGACAUUGUUGUGGCAGCUCACAGUUGCAUGCAUAAAGAUGAACAGACCAGAAAUUGCAGCAAGAGCCAUUGAGAUUGCCGAACGUCGUCUGGCUAAAGACAAGUGGCCUGAAUAUUACGACACGAGGAAAGGACGGUUCAUUGGAAAACAAGCACGCCUAUAUCAAACAUGGUCAAUUGCAGGAUACCUCUUGAGCAAGCUCCUGCUUGCCGAGCCAAGUAAGGCCAAAAUGUUAACAACUGAAGAGGACUCGGAUCUUGUCAAUGCCUUCUCUUGUAUGAUCAGUGCCAGCCCGAAAAGAAAGCGCGGUCAGAAAAGCUCAAAUCCGACUUACAUAGUUUAGGUUGUUGCCCAGAACAAAGCUUGGUGUUAUAUAUUAAGCCGCUACUUUGAAGUGGGUGCAUAUGGAGUUGGGAUCCAAGGGGCUGGCUGCUACUCCCCAAAUUUAUGCUCUAAACGUAUUGAAAUUGGAUACUUCAUAUAGGCAGUUGUGGCGUAUUUGUUAGCUACCAUUUAUUGAGUGGGUAAGUCGAGUUUAUGCGGCCUUAUUCACAUAUAUAUUAUAGAUACACAUAUUUAACUUUGGCCAACUGACGAUGCUUUGUUAUCCCUCCUCAUGGGUGGAAUCUGUAGAACCAUAAUGUAAAUUUAUAUCAAUGAUUAAAAUAAAGAUUGUAUGGUGUAUCAA